AUGCAGGUAGUCCCCACCGUCUUCAUCGCGUUCUCCAACAGCCUGCGGCACCAAAACCAUGACGUGCCGGGACAGACGUCCAUGGCCAAUUUCCUUGCGGCACAGCGGGCGUGCGGCUUCCCUGGGGCAGCGGCCAAGCCAAAAGCUCUGGAGUCCCUACCGUUAGGGAUGGUUCUCAGCUUGCUGGGUCAGGGUUACAAGCUGGUUGCCACCGGGUUCAAGUUUGGCGGCGUGGUGGCGCACCUGUUCGCUGUACGGGUGCUGCUGCAGCUGCAUCAGGAGGUGCAGAUGGCGAAACAGAUGGGCAUUAACCUCACCAUGACACUCAAGGGAAACAAGGUGGAGAGGGGGUACUCUGGCGCUAGGCGCCGUGUGGCAGACCGGCCGGUGUCCAGUUUCGCGUUCGGCAGCCCCUUCUUCGCGACCUCCUCCCUCAGCCGCAACCUCUCCGCGCUGGAUCUGCACCCCAACCAGCAGCUCAACCUACACACGAUUUGGCGAGCCGGCGACGCCAGCCCCGCCUUUUUUGCCGCCGCCAGCGAGCUCUUCACCGUCGCGUCCGAGGCGCGCGACGCGGCGUACGACUUCACGGCGGCGGACGCCGCCGCUGUCGCAGGCGGCUCCGCCGCCGUUGGCGGCGGCGGCGAUGCCGCCGCCGCAGCGGCCGCCUGCGACGAUAUUUCGUCCCCCGCGUCCAUCGCCCGUACACCGCAGGUGGCGGCGGUGCAGGAGUGGUGUCGUCAUGUCGCGGAUGGUGUGGAUGCGCUGUCGCGCUGUCGUAGCACAGGCCCAAGUCGCCUGCUGGCACGGCAGCUAGAAACACCGCUGCUGGCAAGGGUAUGCGCUCCUGGGGGCCUCUUUGCGCCAGCACCUGCGGCGGCGGCGCUGGACGCCGCCGCCGGCGACGCCGCGGCCAUUGUCACGGAAAAGGUCUUAACAGUGCGCAUCGCCGAAGGCGACGCCGGCAGCGGCGGCGGUGCGUCAGGUCCAAAGUCACCGGCAGCGACGCGCUCCACGAGCGCGGCAUCGCGGUCGGGGCUCUCCCGCCGGCGGAGUCAGGAGACUCUGGAUACAGCGGCGGCGGCGACGGCGGCGGCGGGGCGGCCGCUGUCGCCGAUGCGGUCGUUGACGUCGCGUUCCAAGCGGGCGGUUCCGGUGGUGGUGGAGUCACCGUCAAGGUCGGGCCCCUCGCGCACUCUGACGGUGCCGCCAAGCUUGGCGUCUCGCCAGCAACCGGGAAGGCCGCCGGCUUGGCGCGAUGCGUUGCUGCGGUUGUUGCAGGUCAUGGGCGACGGUCUCGGUGAGCGUUACGCUCCCGUGGGGCAGUUCUGGCUGCUGGGCUCGCUGCCCUCCGACAAGGAGCGCCAGGUCUCGCGAGAUGCCGGGGCCGCCAGCGUCCGCGUCCUGCAGCCCGUGGAGGGGCCUCGUGCCAUGCAGAGCAGCGCCGCCUGGCUGUCUCCGGGGAAUGCGGCGGCGCUGUUCCUGCGCUGGGAGUCGGAGCUGGAGGAGAUCCAGAAGGACCUCAUGGAGGCCUUCCCCUGGAUGUCCUUCCGCCCGGCUGUGGACGUGCGGGGCGCCUCCGUGGACCGGCGGGACCUGCUGCGGCCCUCCCCGGCGCUGGACCUGGGGGCGCUGUGA